AUGCUCCACACGUUGAACACGUUCGCUCUCCCAACCCGCUUCGCGUUCACAGUACCCUACGGGGGCGAUCAACCAAUAAUGUUGGUCCCGCCUUGGUCCUCGAUUGGGCGAGACCCUACAAUUGUCGAUGCUGAAAAGUCUGACGGGCGCGCCGAAAAAAUGGCAAAAGAUACUCCCAAUACGCCUACUUCCUCCGGUAGUUCGAGUACCAUAUCUACAGCGCGGAGGAGUUCAAGGCUCAUCGCGCGAAGCGUGCAGCCCGCUGAAGCCCUGUUUCCCCCAUCUCCGCCUAUCAGGAAGGGCCCUUCUUCGAGGGGUACAUCCUCUAGUAAAAAGCCUGCAGGCGGUUUGCACCCCUCCACGUCUCGGUCUAAGCCGCCUUCGUCUCUCGGUGUUGGUCCUCAACGCACCGAAAAGGAAGCGAGGGGACGUUUUGCCCCAUACAAGAGUUACGCACGUCUUUCUCGCAAGUUUAAAAAUGUUGAGCAAUACACCCUAUGGUGGCCUAUCUCUUCCAAGAAGCGUUUGUUAGCUCCUCCCGCCGAAAUCAACAACCCGGAGGUAAAUGAUCUCUGCAUCAACACCAUCGAAGAUCACAAGCAAAGGCAGUUUUGGAUCUUUAAUGAAGAACGCAAAUGGGAGAGCAUCAAUGUCGGAGACAUUCGAAAAAUAGGGGACGAACGGAGGAAACUAGUGGUGAACCAGAAGGGUUGUCCGGACUGGGUUCUUAAGGUCGGUGGUCUGGUACAUCAAGACGUCCCUGUCAACGAAAAUAGCUUGUCUUCCGCUGGCUCUGGUAGAUCGUCUUCUGGAUGUGACAAGUCAAGCGAAGCUUGA